AUGGAGCUUUCUCCUCUCCUGCUUCAGGGCUCCAGAACGGGGUCCGGGGGGCUCCUCGUUCAACAGAAACCCGCGCAUGCCUUUUCGCGGUCUUCGCGUUCCGCGCGGGUUGUCUUCGUGCUCGGCUUCCUGGCAUGGGUCGCCGUUGUCCGCUCGGGUUCGUCUGAGGCUGUAGCUUUAUCUGUCCGGACUCCUGACGCAGGCGCAGGACCGAACGCCGUUCCCCCCGCAGACCGGGUCGACGGCGAUUCCGAGGCAAGCGGCCUAGAAGCCGAAUUCGCGCAGGCUGCCGGUGGCGACGAUGCUCCGCAUGGCAAUAUCUCCGCUGACCUCAGUCGGCGAUACAGAGAGCGUAGCCGUCUUCAGGCGACAAGGGAAACGACGGCCAACGGAGAUCUUCCGGACACCCCCCAGUCAGAUGAAGCCAUGCCUCCCUCGAGCGAAUCAGGCAAGGACGCAUCCGAGAACGUUCCUGGAGGCGACGAAGAUGAGCCCGGUGAGCCGGCAACAAAACGCGACCUUAAUCCGGAAACAGUAUCGCCGAGUGAACUGCCCUCCACAGACUCCCUCGUCACUUCCACAAAUGCACAAGGGCCCGACAGAUCGCCAGCAGAGGGAACUCCAGAGAACUCGCACCAGGGGCUAACAUCCUCUGGACACGCCGCUGAAGCCAGAGAAACAGAUAACACUCGCCCCGCGCAGCUGGGGGGGGCGGAGAACUCCACGGAGGCAACGGGGCCUCCAGAAACAGUGGAUGCACCCGGCUCUCCGUUGUCGACAGGCGACACUAGCAGCAUGAAUCCGAACACUGAAAGCGAAGAAAGUGCACAUGUUCCCCUGCGCGCGUCUUCGCCCGAGACACCAGAUUCCGUCGGCACGCAUAUCGGUGGCGGGGUCUCACAGAACUCGACAGAGAUGUCGCUGACCCGACGGUCUGGCAUGCAUGCUUUUCCAGAAAGCUCAGUCGCGACCGGCAGUGCUGGUGGCGCCGAGCAGAACCAAGGAAACUCUACGGGUAACGGCGGUACAGCUGCAGCGUCAUCGCCUGAGGGAGGAGCGUUUUGGAGUGAAUCUGAGUCAGUGAAUGAGCAAGUCGAGCGGGAACCAGAUUCCCAGUUCCCUAGCUCUGGCCCCGCUUCUUUGGAUUGGGACGCGAAGGGAGAAGAUACGCGACACAGUGGCGAGAGAAGGAUCGGCGCGGAGGACGCGCUGGAACCUGGGGAAGAAGACCUCACCGUGACCUCGUUGGAGACAGAGCAGCCCUUCUCUAGCAUGGAUGAGGGAAAGGGAACAGACGAGGACGAACCCGACGCACCUUCAUCGCCGGCACAUGUGGUUGCGGAGGUUGGCAAUACGGAGGCAAGUGGCCAUCAGCUUUUCGCGACAGAUCCGGGUCACCUCCAGUAUCCUGUGACGACAGACGAGGAGAGGACUGGCGCCGCGGAGCCUGUAUUCAGCCUGUCAAAGAGUGACGAUGCACCGGGGCAGAGAGAAGAACCGAGCACGAAUGCAACUGAAGAAGUGAGGGAAGCACACAUUCCGCAGAUCCAGCCUGAGACCCAGGCCGUCGCACCCUCCUCGUCUUCCGACGCAGCUCAGCCACGUGCCGCUGUAGAUCCUGAACGCUCCGACGCUCCGUCUGGUGAAGUAAAUGAAACGGCGGCGGAAACGCCAUCACACCCUGAGUCGGGAACUCCGGCUGACUCACCGCUUUCGGGUCCCCUCGAAGAUCUGUCUGGUCCGGCGGAGCGGCACCCGGCACAGCUAGCGGCGUCAGCUGGCGACCCAGAGCUACUGGCGCCUGCAAAGGAAUCGGAGAGAGAAGUGCACGGGCACGCAGAACUCGAUAGGCAGGCCGUCGCAGUGGGCGUAGACGACGAGAACGACGAACAAAGCCUCCAUCAUGGUGGGGCAACUGAAGACACAGACGACCGUUCGUCUCUGUGGUUCGCCUAUGGUGACCAACGGCGCCCUUCUCCCCCAGACGGCGAGUACUGGAGUGUGAACGGCGUCAGCGAGUCCGAGCCCGCGCAGGAAGAAGACACACUCUUCAUGUUCCGUCCAGCGCAUCAGCGACUUGACGUGCCACAGUCUGAAGGCGUCGGCUCUUUCGAAACACACAAACGCGAUGCAGGAUGGCCCCAGGGGCCACACGCAUCUCAGUUCCCGGCGAAGGAGUCCCCUCCGCCACUUCACACUCGCCGUCCUGCAUCGUUCAGUUUCUUUGGUCGGCCCAGUCCGUCCUCUCGGACAAAGCAGCACGAGACGCCGUACUACAUGGGUCAUCAAUCGGACGAGAAGGCGUCUGAACCUGCCUACGCACCGUCGCCGAUCGUCAAUGCCUACGGCAGGUUCGGAGGGAGGCCCCUUGAGGAAAGGAAUGUGCUUGUCCCCGCCCUCGCCGACGGCGACGAAAAUGUGUUGGUCGGUCUGCAGUCAGCGCGGGGUGCGCGAGAGCCCGAGAACACAGCUCGCGGCGGCGAUGCAGACCACGGAGACGCCGAGGUCUCAUCCCCUCGGCGACGGGCAGAGCCUGAUGCAGACGAAAACGAAGAAACGACAGGGUCGGACAACUCUGCAGAGUCGCAGCCCGAGUCUGGGCCUCAUCUUUCUCCUUCGGCUGACCUCUCAACUUCCACAAGUUCCAGUCCUUCCCUCCCCGGCGCCUCGGCUGAGGAGCACGGCGUGCCUUCGGUCGGUGGAGCCGCUUUCGCGCCUGUUUCUGCGGGUGACGAACCCGAGGCCUUCACCUCCGGGGAUGCGGAGUCGCAAGAGAUGGCGCAGGCUGGGGCUGCCACAGAGGCCCAGGCGUCUGCCGAAGGGGAGCAAGCCGCGCCGUCUCCCUCCGCCGCCAGCGCUUCAUCCGCCACUGACCAAGGCAAGCUCACCGCCAGGGCCGGGUCAGUCUCCGACCCUCGUGAAGGGCGGUGUUCGCGGGAAGAACUGGACGCGCUUACCGAGUACUUUUCUGGGCAGUCCGACACCUGCAGUGCGUAUCGCUGCAUCGAGGCGCAAGGUUUAGAGUUCCGCGAACGCCUGAAGGAGCACUACGGCUCGGUGUUCAGCGAGGGACAACUCGACGAACUGGCGGGGCUCUUCGCGGCCUGCUACUGCCGGUGUCCCAUGAUGAAAUGCGAAGUCGAUUAUGUCAUGGACACGGGCUCAACUUCCUGCAAAGAAGCCACAGUCGAGUACUGCGAACAGUCGAACGAAAAAUUCGUCGACCGGUGCACGUCCGCCGCGGAGCAGUUACCGCUCGUCUACGACCUUCAUGCCGACACUGGGGGCUUCAAGCAGCCUUGCAGGGUCUGCAGGCGUGAGGAUCUUCCCCAGUCGGGAGUUGGGUCUGUCGCGCAUCCUUCGCCGUCGGCGCCUUCUGGUGGACACGCUUCCAUUUCUUCAGACGAGCAAAGCGCCCUUCACAGUGGAAGUCCCUCGGACGUUGACGGACCACCCUUUCCGUCAGACGGACGCGAGACGGGCGGCGAAACUGGGAGGUCUGGCGCGGCUUUGGGGCACGCUUCCGGGCAUCCUGCCCCGUCGGCUGAAGACGUUGAAAGUGGGAGAAAUGAGGUGCAUGGAGAACAGCAGACAGGCGCGAUUGGCGCUGGCAGUCCUGCCGGCUGGGGAGACUUAUUCUCACCAGAACCGCCCACAUCUCACUCAGGUAGUUCCCCGCCGGCGUUCAACGGGGACGAGGACAAGGAAGAGGGUGAUGCAGGAGCUGCGCCAGAGGUGUCGACGAUGCCCUCGUCACAGGCCGGCGCGGGAGGCGCGUCUGAAGAUCCGUCUCCUCUUUUAGGUGGAGACACCGUCGCUGGCGACACGCUGCACGGACCGGGCGAGGUUCUCUCGCCUUCUGGGCCCAAUCAAGGGUCUCCGUCUUCUAUCACCACAGUGCGUCCAACAACGACGGGAAAUACUUCAAGUGGCAGCACGCCCACGGAAGAGGGGGGAGAGGCUGGGAGUGAAGCGGUCGAGGUGAUGAACCAGGGAGGGGCGGUUGGCCCGGCCUCAGGCAUUCUGCUGGCUUUGGUAGGCAGCCUGCUGGGGAUUGUCACUCUUGUGGCGUGA